CAAAUUAAAAAAAAAAAAAGUGUGAAAUUAAAGAAAGGCAAAAGAAGAAACUGUGGGAAAACCCGCAAAGCCAUAAACCUCAGCAGCAGUCAGCACUCUGCAGCUGAUUUACUUAAGACGGAACCCAAAGGCGCAUCCACUCUCUGUCAAUGGCUUUACUUGCUGCGGCUGCUUCCUCUUCUUCAUCUCAACUACUUCUUCGACCCAAAAUUCCGAAACUUUCAUUUCCCUCUACCCCCACGCCCUUUUCUCCCUUAUUAUUCUCAAAUUCUCCUUCUUUGCUUAGACAGAGAGCGGUAGGAAUUCUUUUUGCUGCCGCAGCUAAGAGCAGUUCCAAUGCUAUCUCAAACGACAGCAGCAGCCAGAAAUCAACCUCGAAAAACCCUAGUAAAGAUAAAAAUAAGAAAGCCGUCGAAGAAGAGGAAGAGAUAGAGGUGGAGGAGUUGCCAUGGAUUCAAGAGAAAGCCUUGGACCUGGUGGAGUUCACGGGCUCUGUCACUCAAGCCAUUCCUGGGCCCAGAGUUGGCCAGAGUUCCUUGCCUUGGAUUCUUGCCCUCCCUUUGGCCUAUGCUGGUAUAACCUUUGUCAUUGCUUUUGUUAAGACUCUAAAGAAGUUUUCUUCUCCCAAAGAGAAGCACAGGAGACUGGUCAAUAAAAAUGCUAUGCUAUGCAAAUCUAUAGAUGAAUUAUUUCAAAAAGGUGGAGAUGCAUUACAACAGUCAGCCCUGAAGGUACUGGAGAAUAAGACAGGUUUUAGCAUGGAGGAUAUCUUGCGCAAGUACAUCCGGUACGCAUUGAAUGAGAAACCAUUUAAUGCAGAACUGGUUGCCAACUUAAUCCAGCUUAGGAGAGUGUCAACAUUGGAUGACUCUCAAGUUGCUGACAUUGUGAAUGACAUCUCAAGACGGAUUGUGAAGGAAAAAGGCCCAGUUGUCAUGGAUAUGACAGGGUAUACCGAAAGAGGAUUUAAGAGAAAACUUGCUGUGCAAGCCCUUUUUGGAAAGGUGUAUUAUUUAUCUGAGCUGCCGGAGUUUUGUUCGAUGGAUAGCUCCUUAGUGGUCAAGGAGAUAUUUGGGGUUACAGAUGAGGAUGCUGACAAACUUCGCCUGCACACUCUUUCUGAAGCUGGUGAUUUGGAUUCACUUGAUAAGAUGGUUGAUAGUUCAGAUUCUGAUACAGAAGAUUAUGAUGAUCACUCAUCUAAUGCUCCUUGAUUUGAUAGAGUACAGGUGCCAACUUCCAAGACUUCUGCGAAGAGAGCAUUUCAGGGCUUUUCCAACAGUAGAACAAUAGUAAUGUCUGCAGCAGAUGUGGAUGAAUGAUUUUUUUUUAUCAUGUAGACUUCAAAAAUUUUGACUGUUUCAUAUGUUUUUCUGUUGAAAUCGAGUCUAGAAGUCAUUAUUACAGGAACCCUAUGGACUUCAAUUUUGGAUUGAAACAACAUUAAUAGUUUACAUGGAAUUGAGUAAAAA